AUGAAGUCCAGCGCCGCCAUUCUGGCGCUUGCCGCCGUUGUAAGCGCUUCACCCAUGUCCAAGAGACUGGAUCCCGCUGCUUGGGACAAGAAAGAAACUCUCUGCAAAGGAUGGGAUGGGAAUGGAUGGGAUACACGAACUCCCGAAGGCGUCGAUAAGCUUUGGGAAGACUCAGGUGCUGGUGGACAACUCGACAUGUUUAUUCUCAUGCAAUGGGAACACGAGAACAACUGGCUCAAGAACGUCGAAAGCCAAGUCAUGGAUGGCACCAGUGGCAAGAGUGGUGCCGCCGGCUGCGGUGUCCUCGGGUCCCAGUGCAAGCCUUUGAACGAUAUGAGCUGCGAAGACCAGUGGGAUAAGUACGGCCAGGAUACAAUCAUUGGCAAGAAUUCGUAUUGGAUCUUCCAAGCUGCCAAGGGCGUACACGCCAAAUUCAACGAGCUGAAGAGGCAGCUCACCGAUGAGACCCUUAUUAGCAGUCUCCGAAUCGGCCAGAUGGUAAAGGACUUUGAUGGCAGUGAGGACGAUGCUGGCAAUGUUUUGGGUUGGUUAGCGGCUGCUUCUAGCAUGGGCAAUGCCGUCGGUGGACUUGUCCCCGGUGCUGGUAAUGGAUUUGCCGCCGGUUUCGGUAUCCUGGGUGGAAUCUUCUCCGGUCUUGCUAGCCAGAGCGAAGACGAGAUUGACCAGAGCACCAUCUCAGCCGCUCUCGCCGACGUAUUUGAGUCUGCCACCAAGAAGAUCGAAGACACUCUCCGCAUCGUCAUGGGUGGAGGUACCGCAGAUGAAUACAAUUCUCUUCCUGCCCCCAAGUGGGAUACCUUCCAGUCCACGAUUACAAAGUUCUUCAACGGCGGAUGGUUCCUCCUAGAUGAUGAUGCUGCAGCUGUUAAAGUGGCCAUUUCAUCUAUCAGCAAUAACAUCAAGACCAAGGUCGCAAACGAUGUAAUGAAGGCUGCCAAGCUCCACCUUGUCGCCGACAAGCGCGAUGGCUUCGGAAGUCGCGAGGACUGUGGAUACUCUACCGGCCGACAGUGGAUGUCUCUCAAGGACGGCGAGGAAUACUGCUUCUAUAUUAUGCGCAACAACCCCAACAACAACCGCAUCAAGGACUGGGUCGAGGUUCAAGAGGUUAUCUACGAAAAGAUGGCUGACUACGGCCUUGGUGACCGGGAGAAGUACUACCGUGCGGUUCUCGACUGCGCGCUUAGUGAUGCUGAUGACAUUGACGUUGGCAAUCUGGCGUGGGGAGAGAUUCCACAAUGCUACUUCAACCUUCCUGCUGUGUUUAUCGAGAAGGAUAAUAAUGUCGGCUGUGGUGAUCCCUUCUCUGAUCCUGACUGUGCUUACGUCAAGGCUACUCCUAUUAAGUAG